AUGGCCGCUCCAAACGUGUCAAUCGAUGGGCCCGCGGCUCCUAUCGGAGACAUGGACAUCGAUAUGGACCUUGACUUGGGACCUGAGCCCGAGCCCGAACCCGAGCCAAUUCAGAUGGCACCGGCCCCCAACGUGGAAACCACCAUCGAUCCGCUCGACGAAGAGGCGGUCUACGAGAAGGUGCAUGUUCGCGGCGUUGAUGAAAUGACUACGGAAAAUAUCAAACAAUUCGCCUGCAGUCACUUCACUGAAGAGCCAGUGCGCGUUGAAUGGAUCGACGACACCUCCGCCAAUCUCAUCUACUCCUCCGCCGAGGCCGGCAUCCAAGCUCUCGCGGCUCUUACCCAGGUCAACGAGGAAGAAGAUGCGUCAUCUCUGCCUGCACUGCGCCUGCGCACCGCGAAACCUCUUUCCUCCCAUCCCGACUCCGUCCUCCAAGUCCGGUCGGCCGUCAAGACCGACCGCAAACAAGCCCGCUCUUAUGAGAAGAGUCGCUUCUACCUGAUGCACCCGGAACAUGACCCCCGAGAACGUCUGCGACAAGAAUUCGCAGAUCGGAGACGCGGCGACGACGACGAUGGUUACAGGCGACGCCGAUUCGAUGACCGGGAACACAGACGACGCCGAGACCGAGACGAGGACGACCAAUUCAAUGUCGACAUGUACGAUGAUAAUGCAGGCUCCGGUACCACUGAGCGAGGACGAGGAGAACGGAGAGGCCGUGGCCAGAGGGAAUUGUUCCCAGCAGACGAGGAACGGACAAGUGGACGCCUUCGCAAUCGCAGCGCGUCACCCGGUCGAGACACACUGGAGGAAUCAAAGCGAGCCGGCCGUGAAGACCGUGAUGACAGCAGGCGAUUCCGCGAGAGGUCGCCGCGACUUGGUCAGAACAAGGGCCGAGAGCUCUUCCCGAGCGAUAGCAAUGAGCCCGGUAAUCGAGAGCUUUUCCCCAACAAGCCCACCUCGAGUUACAUAAAAAAGGAAUUGCUGCCUAGCAAAUCCAGUCACCACCGUCGGUCAGAUGCGUUUGACGCCUCUUCUAUUCCCGGAAACUCCGAACACCGUCGCAAUAGCAACAUUGAACUCUUCCCCGGCUCGGACGAAGGCGCUCGCAUUCGUGGAUCAGCUGGUGAAGACCAAGGUUUUGCCAUCCGGGGAUUAUCGGGCGGUAUGUCGAUUAAAGGCAGGGGCGCGUCAGCCCGUGAACUCUUCCCUUCCAAGUACAGCAACAAUGCUGGCAAGGAACUGUUCGACGAGACUCUGGAGGGACGCGGUGGCCGCCGACGCCGUGCCGAGGACAUGUUCAGCUGA